GACGUCACGGGGCGGGGAGCGGGAUCGGCGGUGACGCCGCGGUCAGAGCGCGCGCGCCGCGCGGUGCACGCCGGGAGGCGCCGUGAGCGGUAUAAGGGGAGGCGGCCGCCGCCAUCUUUCUCUCGGCACCGCGCAGCCAUGGGCCACCAGCAGCUCUACUGGAGCCACCCCAGGAAGUUCGGGCAGGGCUCCCGCUCUUGCCGCGUGUGCUCCAACCGCCACGGCCUCAUCCGCAAGUACGGGCUCAACAUGUGCCGGCAGUGCUUCCGCCAGUACGCGAAGGACAUCGGGUUCAUCAAGCUGGACUGAGCGCCGGGAGGAUGAGGCGACAGCCAGGAGCUCCCGAGGCGUCCCAGGGCUUUCCUGAUACAUCUGCAGCGUCUUGGCUUAGUCUUAUUUAAUAAAUGGUCUCCUAACCCAGCUGA